UUAACGCUAUUUACUAUCGCAAAAAAGUACAGCCAUACUGUUAAAAUGUUCAUCUUGAUUUAUCUUCUCCUAUCUAUAAUAACCACAUGUUUCAGUUCUUAUGCAAUUAUCAGUAGCAAAUCAAAUAACGUUACUUUCAAAUAUAUGGACGGUACUAAUGGAGAAAGUGAUUUACACGAAUGCGAAAUUAACGAAGCAUGUAAUGUAAUUCACAAUCGAUUUUGGGUAUCUAGUUUAACCGAAAGACUGUGUCGUUGUCCUAAUGGAAAAGAAUGUCCAUGGCAAUUGAAGAAACAGCUUGGAAAUUUAUCCCUUCCGCUUAAUAAUAAAUCAUAUAUAGAGUUUUGUACUCCAAGAACAGAGAUAGAUUUAUGUACGUAUAAACAUGAAGCCGUUAAAGUAUACGGUAGAAGCGAUAGGAAUAAUUCUUAUUUAAUACCAUAUAACGUAACGUCAAGCUGUAUCUGUCCACAAUCACAUUAUUGGAGACUCCAAAAAUACAUAUACGAAGAAAACGAUUUGAUUAUACAAACAUUCAAGUGUAUCAAGAAAAGAACGUGCAAUACCCAUGACUUUUGCGGGCAUAUACGGUCUGAUUUAUACUCAACAUAUCACAGAUGCAUUUGUCCAGAAAAUCAUUUGUGCAUUUAUAAAAAUAGAAGUACGGAGAAUGUUCAAGAAUUGCUCUAUUCUGGUCCUGCUUACAAAGCUUACUGUCUUCCAUUUAAGAUAUUAUAGUAUGGAACAUAUACCUGUGAAGAU